AUGACAGACGCAAUAAUUGCCAGCUUUCCUCCUCUCGCAGAGCGACCUAUCAAAAACACUAUCUGUCUCUUUGAUGUUGAUGGAACUCUCUCCCCCGCGCGGUUGUCCGCUUCUGCUGAAAUGCUCUCCCUUCUUGCUGCCCUCCGCCAAAAAUGCGCCAUCGGGUAUGUAGGUGGUAGCGACAUGGCCAAACAACAAGAACAACUCGGCACAGCUGAAAUCCCCGUUACUUCUCUCUUCGAUUUCUGCUUCGCCGAGAACGGUCUUACAGCUUUCAAGAGCGGUGUCCCACUUCAAUCGAAUAGCUUCAUUAAAUGGAUCGGGGAGACUCAAUACAAGGAGUUGGUUAGGUUUAUCUUGCAUUAUGUGGCGGAUUUGGAUAUUCCUGUAAAGAGGGGAACAUUUAUUGAAUUCAGAAAUGGAAUGAUCAAUGUUAGUCCUAUUGGUAGAAAUGCUAGUGUGGUGGAGAGAAAUGAGUAUGAGGUUUAUGAUAAGGAACAUCAUAUUAGAGAGAAGUUUAUCGAGGCGUUGAAAGAGAAGUUUACUGGUUUGGACUUGACGUGA